ACUUCCACUGAAUCAGAAGCUUUCGGAAGCUUUCACCACACGGAUCUCACACAGCAACAACAAAAUCGCUUGAAAGGUGAAAGCUUUCAUAAGCUCAGCUCCUACUUGAUUGGAUUCGCCACUGCUUAUUGUUUCGUUUGAAUUCCCUUCUGGUCCUCUUCUACUGAUCUUUUCUUUCUAAGUUCAUCUGCAUGGACAAUAAUGGUGCAAAGGAGCCGCUGUUGGGAUCACUGGAUCCUGCAACUCAAAAUGCUAAACCGCCAUUAAACAAGAGAAGGUUCCUCCGCUGUAGAAGUGCUCCUGCCAUGGAUAUUGUUCCUACUGAGAUAACAAAUGGCAAUGAAUCAGUUCCUCGUAAUGUGUCCAUAUUUGAGAAUUUACAUCCAAGCUUUAAAAAGGUGGCCCUCUACCUUGCAGUCUAUUUAGGUGUAGGUGCUUUAAUCUUCUACCUUGUGAGGAACCAGAUCAAGGGGAUGAAAACAGAUGGAAUUCUUGAUGCUUUAUACUUUACAAUUGUGACAAUGACCACUGUUGGAUAUGGAGACCUAGUUCCCAAUAGCAGCCUUACAAAACUACUUGCAUGUGCUUUUGUUUUCUCUGGAAUGGCAUUGAUUGGACUAAUCCUAAGCAAAGCAGCAGAUUACUUGGUUGAGAAACAAGAAGUUUUGCUUGUUAAAGCUAUGCGCAUGCACAAAAAAUCUGGUCCAACUGAAAUUUUAAAGGAGGUUGAGAUCAAUAAAGCGAGAUACAAAUUUAUUCUGGUCCUUUCCAUUCUCUUGAUUCUCAUUAUUUCAGGGACUAUUUUCUUGGUCACUGUUGAGAAGUUGGAUAUUAUUGAUGCCUUCUACUGUGUUUGUUCUACAUUUACAACCCUGGGUUAUGGAGAUAAAAGUUUCUCAACUCAAGCAGGAAGAAUAUUUGCUGUGUUUUGGAUAUUGACCGGUACUAUUUCUUUAGCUCAGCUUUUCCUCUAUAUUGCUGAGCUAAACACUGAAAGCAGACAAAAGGAGCUUGUCAAGUGGGUUCUUACAAGGAAGAUGACCAAUUUGGAUUUGGAGGCUGCAGAUCUUGAUGAGGAUGGAACUGUUGGGGCUGCUGAGUUUGUUAUUUAUAAGCUCAAAGAGAUGGGGAAGAUUAGUCAAGAAGAUAUAUCACUUGUAAUGCAAGAGUUUGAAGAGCUUGAUGUUGAUCAGUCCGGUACACUGUCAACUUCUGACUUAACACUUACUCAGUCUUCUUAGACCAACACAUUACAUUCACUAAGUUGAUAAAGAGUGGUUCGCAUUUUCCACUUUGAUCACAAAUUGCACACUAGAGCUUUGAUGAGGAUGAAAAGUCUGAAAUUUAUUUGAAGGGUUGGCGCUUAUUGGUCAGUCUCCGACUUUCAAAUUCUUAACUACUUAAUCAAGGAGCUUCUUAUAUCAUAUCAUGUAACUAUAAAGCGUAAAAGUUUAAUCUUUAUAGUUUUUUGUAUUUAACAAACUCCUGUCUA